CGCGUCAUCCUCUCCCGCACCAGGGAGUAGUUUGGGGUGGCGUGGGCUCCGUCCUCCUCCUGGCUGGUGGGAACGGUGUGCCCGGGAGAGGAAGUGUGGUGGGCCCGGCCCCUCCCCGCCCAGUGCCGAUGAGUGCCAGGGCGCCCAAGGAGCUGAGGCUGGCGCUGCCGCCGUGUCUCCUCAACCGGACCUUUGCCUCCCCCAACGCCAGCGGCGGCGGCAACGCGAGCGCCCGUGGCCCGGGUGCAGGCGGCAGCGGCGGCGGCACCUGCAUCACGCAGGUGGGACAGCAGCUCUUCCAGUCCUUCUCGUCCACGCUGGUGCUGAUUGUCCUGGUCACCCUCAUCUUCUGCCUCAUCGUGCUGUCCCUCUCCACCUUCCACAUCCACAAGCGGAGGAUGAAGAAGCGGAAGAUGCAGAGGGCUCAGGAGGAGUACGAGCGGGAUCACUGCAGCAGCAACCGCGGCGGCCGGGGGCUGCCCCCAGCGGCGAGCGGCCAGGCCCCCGCCCCUGCCAAAGAAACCCGGCUGGAGAGGCAGCCCCGGGACUUCGCCUUCUGCGCCCCCUCCGACGCCUCCUCUUCGUCUUCGACCCCCGGCCUCCCGUGCCAGGAUCCCCGCGCUCCUCCUCCUCCUCCACCACCGGCCCCCAGUCCGCAAGGAGCACACGCGGCCUCCUCCUGUUUGGACACAGCUGGCGAGGGCCUUUUGCAAACGGUGGUACUGUCCUGAUUGUUGAGCCCCUCUCUCCUCUCCUCUCCCUCAUGUCCAGCAUCUUGGCCUUCCUUGCUUUUAUCCCCUCCGUCCUUCCCCUCCCACUUUUCUCUGGCUUCUCUUCCCUCUUCCUUCUUUCCGUAUCUGCCCUCCCCUCACU